AUGGACAGGCCACAAACAGAGCCUUUGGCGCAAACGUCACUGUCAUCGUCACCACCACCGCCAGCGACACCACCGACAAGCAGCAUCAAUCUCAAAGCCCGCAUUCCCAAACUGGAACCGCGACGGAAGAGGGCCGAGCCGUCAAACCCGGUCCCGGUCCCCGAGACGCCCGCCCCGCCGCCACGUCCAGAUGUCUCGACAUUGACCUUCAAGAUGCCCAGCCGGAGGAUCCUGUCGCCUACCGACCACGACCUGUUCCUGGCAUCCCCCGCAUACCGCUUGGUCUUGUCUUUUGUGUUUGGGCUGGCCGAUUCCAUUGUUGACACGCCCAUCUCGGCUGUCAAUGAUAGCGAGCUAAGCGAGCCCGUUAAGACCAUCCUUCGCAUUCUCGAUGAAGCUGAGGCACUGUGUCGGGACUCGCCACCCAACGACCAGGGCGGCUCGCGCUUCGGCAACAAGGUCUUCCGCACCUUUCUCGACAAGAUCAGGCAGCGCACCCCGGAGUGGCACAACGCGCUGCUCGGCCGUCUGCCGUCUACGUCUACGGCGCCCAACAAUCCCGAGGCUGCCCCCGUGACAGCUACUGAGGAGGCGGCCGUGUACCUCAACCAGUCCUUCGGCAACCGCGCCCGCAUCGACUACGGGUCCGGCCACGAGCUCAACUUCGUCAUGUGGCUGCUGUGCCUGUACCAACUGUCGGUACUGGAGCGGUCCGACUUCCGCGCGCUCGGCCUGCGCGUCUUCGCCCGCUACCUCGACGUGAUGCGUCUGGUGCAGUCCAGCUACUAUCUCGAGCCGGCCGGGUCGCACGGGGUGUGGGGGCUGGACGACUACCAGUUCCUCCCCUUCCUCCUCGGCGCUAGCCAGCUGCUGCACCACCCCCUCAUCACCCCGCGCGCCAUCCACCUGGAGCUCACGCUCGAGGAGUUCGCCCACGAGUACAUGUACCUCGGCCAGGUGGCGUUUGUCAACAGCACCAAGACGAUCAAGGGGCUGCGCUGGCACAGCCCGAUGCUCGACGACAUCAGCAGCGCCAAGAAUUGGUCCAAGAUUGAGGGUGGCAUGCGCCGCAUGUUCGUCUCCGAGGUGCUGCGCAAGCUGCCCGUGAUGCAGCACUUUCUGUUCGGGUCCCUGAUCCCCGCGGCCGGUGGCAUGAGCGAGCAGGACCCAACGGCGCUGGGCGCGGCCGACGCGGACGAGGACGCCGAUGAAGGCGGCGAGGUCGACGUCUUCGACGACAAGGACGGCGUCAGGCAUGUGCACCAGCUGGCGGGGUGGGGCGACUGCUGCGGCAUCAAGGUGCCGAGCAGUAUCGCCGCUGCCGAGGAGAUGCGGAAGCGCGGGACUGGCGGCGAGCAUCUGAGGAGGAUACCUUUCGACUAG